AGAACUCCAUCUUUCAUUUUCCAACAUGGUAAUUACUUUCCAUUUUCAUUUGUCCUACCCUUAUUUUUUAUUUUAAUAGAAGAUUAAACAAAUAAAUAAAGUUAAAACAAGAAGUGAAAUAGUUAUAUGCAUAAGGACAAAGCACAGCCAUGUCAUCAAUCCGCGUGAAGUUUUCUAAAUAUAUUCUAUACCGUUGAUUAAAAUCCCCAAAAUCAAUCCCCCACCGUAGGAUCACUCUCCUCGUUCUCCUCCCUUUUCUCUCCUCCCUUUGAUCUCAUCCAUUUAAAUCCACUUCUUCCACUCCUAAUUUUCGUGCACCCGAAAAAAAGAAGAAGAAGAUUCAUUACUUAGCUUUAGAACUUUGGUUUCUGUGUAAAACAAAAAUCAAUGGCUAGUGAAGAUUUAAGUGAUAACCAGCCACCUCCUACUCAGCCUCAACCUUCAACACUCCCUUCUUACCCUGAUAUGAUAAUGGGAGCUAUAGAAGCGUUGAACGAAGAAGAAGGUUCAAAUAAAACAACAAUAGCCAAGCAAAUUGAAGCAACUUAUGGUACACUCCCAGCAGCACAUGGUACACUUCUUGCACAUCACUUGAACAAAAUGAAGCAAACUGGACAGCUCGUUUUGGUGAAGAACAACUACGUGAAGCCUGAUCCUAACGCGCCGCCGCGUCGCGGACGCGGUCGUCCACCGAAGCCCAAGGCGCCACUGCCGGCGGGUUACGUGCCGCCACCGCCAAGACCACGUGGACGGCCUCCCAAGGAGCGUGAUCCGCACGCGCCGAUUAUGGUGCCGAUGAAGAAGAUCGGUAGUAGUGGUGGUGGUUCUGGUGGAAGUGGCAAGAAACGUGGAAGGCCACGUAAGUAUCCGGUGGCGGAGGCGACGGCGGACGCUGCGGGGGUUGCGGUGACGCAGCCAAUUGGCACUCCCAGGGGAAGAGGAAGGCCACCGAAGGUGAAACCUCCGGUGGCUGCAACUGUAGGGGCUUAAGUGAAAAGAGGAAAUAGUUUAGAGACUUCUAUGGCAAAAAGCUAACUGUCUGUCUUUUUCUUUUGGGAGUAUUUUAUCUUUUUGAAUUUAGUGUUUCAGUCCCUGUAGUUUUUUUUAAUGUCUUUUGUAGGAUAGAUGUGUGACUGGGUGAGUGAUUUGUAAUGUUAUAAUUGGGCAUGUAAAUGAAAUAUUGAGGCUUUUUAGGGUUC